GCAGAGGGCGUAGAUCGUCAUUGUUCCACCUCGCUAUAUAAAGGCAACCUUUUCCUCUUCGGGUUCGCAGUCGAUGUGCGUCCACGUGAGAAGUGCAUCCGCGCGCAAAAUAAGGGUGGUGUAGAAAAGGAAACCUUAAAUAGACACGAAAAAAGGAUCAAAGGGAAAUCCGUUGUGAGUGCUAAAGAUUUUAAGACAGUAAAACAUUCAUUCGGCUACUCUUCAGUGACACACAAGAAGAAUUUCUGGACACCUUGAACAUGAAGUCUGCACUACUGUCUCUGCCGUUGUGCGUCUGUCUGGUUGUAUGUGCACUGUUACAUGGACAUUUCGCAUCUUCUGAAGAAGUUAAAUCCAGUGAUGAACUCAAUCCAAAAAGUCGGCAAAGUCGUGAGUUACAUUAUCAAUUUCCGGAAGAUGAAGCGGCCGUUGAUAGCGUUGAGAACGCUAAGCACGAUAAACGUUACAUCGACCCCCUAGCGAGUGGGCUUGUUGGCAAAAGAGAGUUUGAUCCCCUUGCUAGCGGACUUUUAGGUAAACGCCCUAUUGAUUCUCUUGCAAGUGGACUUGUUGGGAAGAGAUUCGUGGAUCCUUUGGCCAGUGGACUAGUUGGGAAACGCUUCGUGGAUCCUUUGGCCAGUGGACUAGUUGGAAAACGAUUUGUAGAUCCUUUGGCCAGUGGACUUGUUGGGAAACGAUUUGUAGAUCCUUUGGCCAGUGGACUAGUUGGGAAACGAUUUGUAGAUCCUUUGGCCAGUGGACUUGUUGGGAAACGAUUCGUGGAUCCUUUGGCCAGUGGACUAGUUGGGAAACGAUUUGUAGAUCCUUUGGCCAGUGGACUUGUUGGGAAACGAUUCGUGGAUCCUUUGGCCAGUGGACUUGUUGGAAAACGAUUUGUAGAUCCUUUGGCCAGUGGACUAGUUGGCAAGCGAUAUGUAGAUCCUUUGGCCAGUGGACUUGUUGGGAAACGAUUCGUGGAUCCUUUGGCCAGUGGACUUGUUGGCAAGCGAUUUGUAGAUCCUUUGGCCAGUGGACUUGUUGGGAAACGAUUCGUGGAUCCUUUGGCCAGUGGUCUUGUUGGCAAACGAUUUGUAGAUCCUUUGGCCAGUGGACUUGUUGGCAAGCGACAGGUCGACAGCCUCGCUAGUGGGCUAAUUGGCAAGCGUGCUGACCAGUAAUUUUGCUGGUCGUCUGACAAUUUCCAAAAUUGUCUCACUUAAUGCGCUUACAGACAUCUAAACGUUAUAUUUCACAUUUUUGGACCAACUAACAAUUUAAUGCAACUCUCCCCAUGUGAUACACUCAAGUUUCAAAACAAACAGACGCCUCCUGCAAAAUUAUUGAAAUGUUGAAAUAUUUUUUUCAUUGACCACUCUAUCUUAAUCCUUAGUAAUGUUCAUCAUUUGUUCAAGUUCGUGCAAUAAAGGCUUGUCUUUUGUUAUCAGCCGCUUACAUCUUUAACAAUCUACGUUAUCCCCAGACAUUAUCUGAUUGAUUACCAUAGUGAUAUGACGGUCUAUUAGAGUUAGACACAAAGGACUUGUCUUACUCGGCUAUCACGACGCCGGGUCCAGUGCAUUUACCAAGGUGAUAUACAUCUUCGUUAUUUGUUACGCCAGACGCAAGUUACCAUAGUUUCGUAAAUGGACUCCAGGAAAUAGUUCGUAAUGGGAAGCAUCGUCCAAAUUCGCUAUCUUGGCUGAUUAUUUACAAAACAGUGAACAAUGAUCAAAGCUCAGGUGUUCAACAAUGCAUACAAUCGCAAACCCAAACACUUUUGAUGUGCAAAUGUAGUAAAAACGUUAGAAGACCCAAACUAGGUCACUAAAGCAACUGACCGUGAAUAAAUAACUUAUCAAAGUGUCAAAACAGCAGUAUUGCCAAGUUAGCCUUAAUUUGAUUGUUGCUGAAGGCCAUACUCAAUUUUAUGGGUGUAGAAAACUGGAGCGCCCGGUGUCAACCACGGACCUUUGGUAAACUACUGUAGAUCCUUUCCACAUGAUGUGCACACCAUAUUUGUGGAAAAGAAGUGCUCUUCAACGAACGCGAAAUUGUGGAAACGGCCGCACCAGCUUGGGAAUUAGGGGAAUCUACAAAUUCCCUGCCCAAACCCGGUAUUGAUCCCGCACCGCGUGCGAUUGAAAUUUAAGUGUCUAUAUUCACUAGAAGGCGGCACAUUCCUUGUUUGCUUAUCUGUACGAUAGGAGUUUAACAUGGCCUUGCAGUGGGCGGAUCAUGUUGCACCAAUGGGAGACUCGAGGACGAGCUGCACAGAAG